AUGCUAACUCGGCCACUUGGAACCAACACGAAGGAGCAUGAAGAAGACACGCAGAAGGUUGCAGCCAGUAAGCACGUGUCCAAGUCAUCGGCAUCGGGGUGGAACUUUGGAGGCAGUGGACCGCCCGUAGACGACCAGCCAGACAACCUGAUCAAGAGGCUGCAAGAUCCGGCCGUGCGUCGUGACUUCCGAACUCUCACGCUCUUCGGCCCACACAGGGUUGGAUGUCAGAUCACCGCUAAGGAUGCUCUUACAGCUGCCGACAGGAAGAAUCUCGCCGACGGGAAGAAUCUCGCCGACAGCCUAGUGGAUUUUCACAACAUGUUGCCCCGUGUCGGCCCCGCUACGGCCCGGUCGGCCCCACUACGGCCCCUCUUAGGCCCCUGCUACGGCCCCGUCCCGUCGCCACCGCGGCCUCGCCCACCCUUGCGGCCAGCUGCCAUCUGCGACCCCGCCGCCCAGCGCACGCAGCGCCGAGCAGCUGAGCAGCCCGACCGCCCGAGCCGCCCAGCAACCGAGCCGCCAGGCAGCCAAGCCGCCCAGCAGCCGAGCCGCCCGACACCCGAGUCGCCCAGUAGCCGAGCCGCCCAGCACCGUGCAGCCGAGCCGCCCAGCAGUCAAGCCGCCCUGCAGCCGAGCCGCCCGACAGCCGAGCCGCCCAGCACCGUGCAGCCGAGCCGCCGAGCAGCCCGAUCGCCCCACCUGCCUGGUAAGAGCCCAUGCGAUAGGGCAGACGGCCUCUCCCUGUUUGACCUCACUUCUGGUGCCUCCCCUGCCCCUGCUGCUGAUGCUGACGCCACUUACAAGAGUGUUAAGAAAAAGUACGACGCUGUAGUUGCACGCUACUCUUCCCCUGCCACUGCUGCACUAAGCCGCCUCAUGCUACCGUUCCUCUUCCUUGACCUUGCUGCCUUUCCCAUUGUCGCUGACCUCAUUACACACCUCCGCACUCUUGACACUGGCUACCGCGCUGCGCUUCCUGCAAAGUUCUGCGCCAAGAACCCCCCCCCCAUGUACAUCACCCUCUACUACAUAGUCACCCGGCUCCCUGACUCUCUUCGCGUAGUCAGGGACCACUUCCUCUCUGUUUGCCCCACCGCUCUCACCGUUGACCUCCUCGAGAAGGCCCUCAUAGCGAUAGAGAAGAGCAUAGUCGCUGUAGGAGCCUCUCGUGGUGACCCUCGCACCCCCGUCUUUGAGGGGUGUUCUCCCUCCCCCCUCUUGCCCUCUGAUGCCUCUGCUGCUGCGGCCGACCUCGUUGGUUUCGAGUCGGUCGGCGCUGCGUCUGCCCCGAGUGGGAGACGCCGCACAUGCAAGGGCAAGGGGGGCAAGGGCACUGGAGGGGGUGGAGGGGGUGGUGGAGGUGGUGGUGGAGGCGGUGGAGGGAGUGGGGGUGGUGGUGGGAGUGGUGCCGGGGGUGGUGGCGGCGGCGGCAGCAGUGGAGGCGGCGGAGGCGGUGGAGGUGGUAAAGGGAGCGGAGGCGGCGGAGGUAAUGGAGGAGGCGGAUGUGGAGGUGUCGGCGGAGGCGGCGGCGGAGGCUGCGGCGGCGGUGGUGGAGCGAGUCGCGACUCUGCGCCGAGGAGUGGCUCCGGUGGUGGUCAGCGUCAGCAGCAGCAGCGAAGUGGUUGCGGAGGUCCGCACUCCACCCAGCGCUGCUUUGGUCGCCUGACGGACGCGUGGCGUCGCCAGUUCCCUAAGGCGUCAGAGAUCCCUCGCUGGGGAGAUCUGGCAAAGGCCGGGGUUGCUAUCUUUGAUCUUGACUUUGAUACUAUUCUUGCUGCCAUGUAUGCUGUUGCUGAUAGUGUUGAGGGUGCCUGUUACCUAUGUGUACCGCAUGACCCGGGCAUUGAGGCUGAUGCGCUAGGUGCUGGUCAGGCUGCUGCUCUAGGUGCUAGUGCGUCUACUGCCCCAGGUGCCAGUGCGUCUGCCGCCCCAGGUGCUGGUGAGUCUACUCUCUCAGGUACUGCUUCGGCUCAGGCCUUCCACACCUUCGCCCUGGACUCGGGUGCGUCCCGCUCCUUCUUUCGAGACCGCACCACUCUAACGCCGCUUAGUCGGCCAGUUGCAGUCUCCCUGGAAGACCCCUCUGGGGUUCCUGUCCUUGCUAGCUUCUCCACUGUCCUUCCGUGCCCUGCAGCCCUCUCUGGCACCCUGUCUGGUCUCUACCUCCCCUCGUUCUCUACGAACUUGGUGUGUCCCAGGUAG